AUGGAAGAAAGCUGCUGCGCCGUUUGCGCAGAGAAUCUAGAAUGGGUGGCUUACGGAUUCUGCGGCCACCGAGAGGUUUGCUCUACCUGCGUCGUUCGUCUCCGCUUCAUUCUCGCCGAUCGUCGCUGCUGCAUCUGCAAAACCCAAUGCCCUUUCGUCUUCGUCACAAAGGAGUUUGGUGAUUACACAAAGACGAUUACUGAUUUCUCGACGUUUCCGUCAGACCCAAAGGAAGGUUGUGUAGGAGGAUCCUUAUGGUACCAUGAAGAAACCAAAGUCUUCUUUGAUGACUUUAAUCAGUACACAAGGAUUAAGUCAAUGUGUAGACUCUCCUGCACCUCCUGUGACAAGUCAAAGAAGGGAUCUAAAUCUAACCAUCGUUUGCGUUUUAAGAGCGUUGAACACUUGAAGGAUCACUUGAGCCAUCAGCAUAAAUUGCAUAUGUGUAGUUUAUGUCUUGUAGGGCGUAAGGUAUUUGUUUGUGAGCAGAAGCUGUUUACUAAGGAUCAGCUGAAUCAACAUAUAAGUAGUGGUGACUCUGAAGUUGAUGGAAGUGAGAGUGAAAGAGGAGGAUUCACUGGUCAUCCUAUGUGCGAGUUCUGUAAGCGUCCGUUCUAUGGUGGCAAUGAGCUUUACACUCAUAUGUCUAGAGAGCAUUACACCUGUCACAUAUGCCAAAGGUGA